CUUUAUUUUGGUGAUUUCGAAAAGUGUAUUGGUUUAGCCAUGUUUGUUUGUUGUAGUACAGAGUUAGACUGAUGGCCUUAAUCUAAGCUGUCUUGUGGUUGUUGUUGUUGUUUGACUUGCAUCCCACUGGGAUUUUUGCACACAGCGUUGGUGUACGGUGCUUUUUCUGCAAUAUUUAGCUGUCUUUUCUUGGAUUUUAUGUUUGCACUUAGUCACAUAUUCACUUCAAAUGUUUUUUGUUCAUGUUUUUGUUUUUUGUUUGUUGCAGUUGCACCCGAUUCAAAAGCCGAAUGGCUCACAGGGCUACACCUAAUACAUGAACUUGAACUUUAAAGGCGCUGCGACGGGCUAUAAUGAAUCCGUGCAGAAGGAAAGCAUUCAAGCAUCAAUGUGGUGCCAAAUCCCCGCCCCCAGCUGGUGCCGCACCUAAGAAGCUGCUGGUGCUGGACGUUGACUGCGGCGUGGAUGACGCGCAAGCGCUCAUGGUUGCCCUGGGAGACGCCGCGCGCGCGCGCGUGCUCGCCAUCACGUGCUGCAACGGCAACACGCACGUGCGCCAGGUGGCGGACAACGUGGCGCGCGUGCUGCGCGCGUGCGGAGCGAGCGCGCAGGUCCCCGUGUUCCUAGGGGCCUCCUCGCCGCUGCUCGCCAAGCAGAUGGACGCGUCCCCGUUCCACGGCAACGACGGUCUGGGAGACUCCCCGGACCCCCCCGACCCGAGCCCCGUGGCGGUGAAGGAGCAGGAGGAGCACGCGGUCAAUGCGCUCGUCCGUCUGGCCAAGGAGAACCCGGGACAGAUCACGCUCAUAGCCGUGGGGCCCCUGACCAACGUGGCGCUUGCGAUGCGCAUGGACCCUGACUUCACCUCGCGCCUCAAGGAGCUCUACAUCAUGGGCGGCACCGUGGAAGCACGUGGGAACUGCACCAUGUGCGGGGAGUUUAACUUUGCUGCGGACCCUGAGGCUGCCUACGUGGUGCUGGAGACCUGCAGCUGCCCGCUCCUCAUUGCCAGCUGGGAGUUCACCGUGCGCAACGCCAUGCCCUGGGAGUUCUACGACGCGUGGACCACCACCGACACGGAGCGAGGACGCUUCGUGAAGCGCAUCUCGGCGAAGAGCACCGCCUUCGCUCGGGAGCCCGGGCGCGGAUCUGUGGAGCUGUUUGCUGGGCCGGGCUUUGUGCCGUGCGACGUCUACGCAGUCGCCGCUGCCUUGGACCCGGACUUCGUGACCCAGUGGGCAGAGCACUCGGUGCGUGUGGAGCUGCACGGCGCUCUGACGCGCGGCCAGAUGGUGGUGGACUGGAUGGGCAUCAUGGAGGAUCGGCCGCUGGUCAAUGCGCGCAUCAUGGUCCAGUGCGACACGGCGAGGCUCAUGGCCAUGCUCGUUGCGGCCGUGCAGUGACCGGUUGGAGGGACGGACGCAGGCCCCCGCCGACCGACUCACUCACCCACCCACUCACUCAUCCACUCACCCACCCACUCACUCACCCACUCACUCACCCACCCACCCACUCACUCACCCACCCACUCACCCAGCCACCCACUCACUCACCCACCCACUCACUCAUUCACCCACCCACCCACUCACUCACUCACCCACCCACCCACUCACUCACUCACUCACUCACCCACCCACCCACUCACUCACUCACUCACCCACCCACCCACCCACUCACUCACUCACCCAAUCACCCACCCACCUAUCCACUCACUCACCCACCCACUCACCCACCCACCCAAUCACCCACCCACCUAUCCACUGACUCACCCACUCACUCACCCACCCACUCACCCAGCCACCCAGCCACUCAACCACCCACCCACAUAUCCACUGACCCACCCACUCACCACCCAAUCAGUCACUCACUCACCCACCCACCCACUUAUCCGUUGGGGCUUCUGGCAUCCAAAGAGGCGCGGGCUGUUUGCCUUUUUGUGAUUUGUCUCAACAAUAAAGGUCACAAAUGUCA